AUGUUGGAUAUGUUUGUUCGAACCACAGGGCCUCGCGUCGUUAUCUUCAUUAUGAGUGAUCAAACUGAUGAUACGCUUUGCUAUUCAGUGGGCUCAGCCUACCUAAGCGGGCUGCCCGUGGUGGUAGCCGGCUAUCAGAUGGAAUACAAUGGGUUUCUAUCCAAAUUCGACUUCGCGGAAAGUGCCAUCAAGAAUGCGCAGCUGAAUCCGGACGAUGUUGCCAUUAUAAUGGAUUCCGACACGGUUUUUACAGGUGUAGACAUUCAUCCCUUUAUCGAUCGUUUCAUUGCGCAGUCUGCCGCGACGCCGGAGGAGCUAGACGCACUGGCUGUUAGGCAAGACCAUGCGAUGGCACCGAUCAUACCUAGUGCUGAGACUGGCUGUUGGGCACCGAACAUACUUCAUGAUUGGCCUGAAUGCAUCUCUAGAUUUAGCACAGUCUAUGCAAAAGUGCGAAGAUAUACCACUGCACACCCGGAGCAUAAGCUAGUCUCGUCUUUUGACUUAUCAUCACAUCGGUAUAUCAACUCUGGUGUUGUGAUUGCUCGUGUGUGGGCAUACAACGAGUUAUUACAGAAGACAAAUUAUUUAAUCAAAACACAACCUACAAAAUAUAAACCUAGAAAGGGAUGGGACUGUGAUCAGUCUGUUUUAACAGCGCUGUACCUGGAUCUCUUAGCGUGGGAGGUCGAACAGGACGUUUUCUCGUUGCCAUUGCAUGAGCGCCAGGCGGCACGGUCCACUUACGGUGUACGUGCAGGUUUCAUGGAUUUAGAUUACGCCAAUGAGCUUUCGGCUCCUCGGACGAUAUUUCUAAUGCACCUAACCGUGAUGUACGAUAAAAACUGGGUGAAGCACUUACCACUAGAUGAAAUCGAGCACCCACACUCAGAAAAGAUAAUCGAUUUCAAGGUGGUAGCUCGGUUUGUGAUUGAUCUUUAUAAACGAGCGUACGCUGCACAGGGUGAGGAGAUUUACACGAGGCUUGCCGUACCCAAGUGGGUGGACGGGAAAAGAACCUCUGCGAUGACCUUUAUUAGCCUCACCCCACCUCUUUUGGCAACUGAUCCAAAUCCCAUAGAUGUAAGUAACAACAACGUGCGUCGUACGUUUCCUGUAAUUUAUCAUGCGGCAGGUGUUGAGGCAGGCUACACAAAGGUGGGUAAGUUGGAGCAUGGCGCUGUAGGUGCACAGUGGUUUGUGCCGAUGGUACACAACCCCAGCAUAGAAAGGGAGACCAUGGAAUACCUGGCAUCUAUGCCGUUGCUUCUAUCGACACAUAACUCCAUUAUUCAAGAUUCCUACGAUGCAAAAUGCGGUUUCCCAUUUAGAGGAACUAUUGAAAGGGCACUAAGUGCUUGA